AGGCGUUUACCGGACCACAUGUGAUAAAAACUAAUCACCAGGUCCAAUGCGCUUACGGUUCGAAAAAUGAAACGGAUGAAAGAGAAGACUCGAGAGGGGGAAAAAAAGGAAGGGUAUGUGUUAAACCGCGGAGCAAAGCACACGCAUCCGUCCCUGUCCCGUCUCCCGUCGCAGUCGCCCCUUCGUCUGCGGUCUCAGUCCCGCGCACACGCGCAGUUUCUCGUCGGUGCGGCGCGUGGGCUGAGGGCCUGAGGCCAACCACUCCGCUUCCGCCUAUUCGAGCAUUCAACUCCCUCAGGUCCCGGGCCGUCUCCGGCGGCCGCUCCGACGGAUCCUCUAUCGCCCAAUCGCCCGACGGCCCGAGUACUAGACGUUGCGGGAUUGAUUUAGUGAUUGUUGCUCUGCGGCGGGGGUUGAGAUGGAGGACUUGCUGAACACGGAGAUCGGGAAGAACGACUAUGACUGGCUUCUGACACCCCCUGGAACCCCCCGUGUUCCUGCAUUAGAUGCUGCCGAGAAAGCUCCAUCCUCAACUGUGACUAAACAUACUAUUACCAGAUCAUCCUCGACAACUAGAGCAUCUAGGUUUUCCACUUCUGAGACAGAGAAUGGGUAUUCGACGUUUCCCACUAGGCCUGCACGGAGUAUAUCUGUCUCCCGCCGGGCAGUUCAAUCUACACCAGUGUCUAGCAACAGCAGGUCAUCAGUCCUCAAUGCAAACAUUUCCUCUGUUAGUUCAAGACCUACAACCCCAAGCAAGCGGACUGCCACUCUUACUGCAUCGAAGUCAUCUGUUCCAUUGUCACGUCCAGUGCCAACACGCUCAUCUACACCCGUCAAAGCCCGUCUGUCUACAACAACUAAUACUUGUCCAUAUACUCCAGUGAAAAAUCGUCCUCCUGUGUCUAACUCUACGGCCAACUCUGUUGUUCCCAAGAUCACGUCAGCACAAAGCUCAAGAUCAUCAACUCCAACCUCUCGGUCUCGAACCUUGUCCAGUCCGUCUUCAAGCAGUACAAGCACAGUGAGCCGUCCCAGCUCAUCCUCUGGUAAAGUUCCUACAAUUAGUCGUACCAGUUCUUCAUCAAGUACAGUUCCUUCUGUGAGCCGUUCUAGCUCUAGGUCAUCCACACCCACUCGUCAGCCUGCAAUGCGUUCAUCAACACCAUCUGCUGGGCGGAUUUCUGGCAAAAGUAACAUGACAUCUAGUGGCAGACCCUUAGCCAGCAGUGGUCGGAGUUCAGCACCUUCAUCAGCGCCAUCAUCUCGUCCAAGUUCCCCAAACACACGAACACGAGCUCCAGUUCGCCCAUUAGAUAUUCCAGAUUUUCCAAGUGAAACUCCACCAAACUUGAGGACUAAACUGCCAGAACGACCACUCUCUGCUCGUAGAGUACGGCCAGGUAUUACUUCGGGUGUCAGGUCAACCCCAAAUGCUGAACCAGUUCUCUCAGCUCCUGUAAAAAAGAUGUCUGUGCCUGCUAUCACUCGAAGUAAGUUCUCAGAUAUACAAUCAAAGACAUCUGGUCACCAAAGUAGGCUGAGCGAAAGAUCUCUCUUGGAAGGUCAAACAACUAGAACCUCACGGUCUGUCACAGCUGCAGACAAUGGAUUCGGUAGGACGAUAUCGAGGAAGUCACUUGACAUGGCUAUCAGGCACAUGGACAUUCGACAAAAUUUGGGUGGCAUUCGUGGUACAUCUCUAUUUCCCCAUAGCAUCCGAUCUACUACUACCAAGGGACGAGCAGCUCGAGCCUCAGAUCCAGGCCAUUCCGUCUCAAAUGGUGACCGAUACUUCACAGAUAAUGGCAGCAGCAAUGGGCACAUCUCUGGAGAUUCUAGUGGUGCUCUUUCACAUAACGGUGGGAGCUCAAUUGGUUCCCCUGAUAGGGAAACCUUUGCGACAAAAGAUGUUCUGUGUGAACUGGAUAUAUAUGCCAAUUCAAGAUAUGAGGCGAUGGUGCUGAAGGAGGACACCAAGAACAUGAGUUGGUUGCACAGCGUGGAUGACAAGUCGGACCAGAGCCCGGUGUUUGAUCAUAGGUUCGAGCCGCUCCCUGAGCCAUUUGGUCCGCUAUGAACUGUUUAUAUUAUCCGUGAAGAUUCCACUCGCUUUGUUCGUCACUUGCUAUCUCUUUCUGUUUGAUCGCCCACCUCCCCCAUCUAUUUAUAAAUCUGCUAUAACAGAUAAAGAUCGUGGGGUUUGUUCUUUCUCCUUUAAUAGCUGGAGUCUCGAUUUCGAGUGACCAAUGCUGGAAUCCAAUGUACGGACCAACAUAUAUACUAAAUUCUCAUCCUCGGCUAUCAUUUUUUUAUUAUGUUUUAAGCUUCAA